AUGGUGAAUUUAGUUCCUCAUGCUCAUAUUCUUGGUUCCAUUCUGGCAGUUUCUGCUGGAUUGGUUGUUGGUAAGGAAGGACCAAUGGUGCAUACUGGUGCCUGUAUAGCAAAUUUACUUGGACAAGGAGGCUCUCGGAAGUAUGGUUUCACUUGGAAGUGGCUCAGAUACUUCAAAAAUGACAGAGACCGAAGGGAUUUGAUUACUUGUGGGGCUGCUGCUGGUGUGGCUGCCGCUUUUCGCGCCCCAGUUGGUGGUGUACUUUUCGCCCUUGAAGAAGCUGCCACUUGGUGGAGGAGCGCUCUACUAUGGAGGACCUUCUUCACAACUGCUAUUACAACUGUUGUAUUGAGAGGUCUCAUAAACUUUUGCCGUGGUGGCAACUGUGGACUCUUCGGACAAGGAGGACUCAUCAUGUUCGAUAUGCAUUCUUCAGUCCCUACUUAUACAAAUGCAGAUCUGCUUGCAGUUGUACUAAUUGGAGUUGUUGGAGGUCUUUUAGGAAGCCUAUACAAUUUUUUUGUGGACAAAGUGUUGAGAGCAUAUACCUUCGUCAAUGAGAGAGGCCCUUUUUACAGGAUUCUUCUUGUCACAGUUAUUUCCCUUCUAACAUCGUGUGUCGCCUACGGCCUGCCUUGGUUUGCCAAGUGCAUUCCAUGUCCCAGCGGCACGGAUAAAGAGUGCCCCAAGAUUGGAAACCUCCAUUGUCAGCCCGGACAUUACAAUGAUCUGGCGUCCCUUUUCCUCAGCACCAACGAUGAUGCCAUCCGCAACCUGUUUAGUUCGGAAAAAGGCAAUGAGUUAGAAAUCUCCACACUGAUCAUUUUCUUUACUGGAACCUAUUUCCUAGGCAUUGUUACUUAUGGCAUUGCUGUCCCCUCUGGCCUCUUCAUUCCUGUCAUACUUGCUGGAGCCACAUACGGGCGCCUCGUUGGGAGGCUAUUGGGCUCUUUGUCUACUCUUGACCUCGGCCUCUUUUCCAUUCUGGGAGCUGCUUCGUUCCUCGGUGGCACCAUGAGGAUGACAGUAUCGCUUUGCGUCAUACUCCUAGAGCUUACCAAUAACCUACUCAUGCUCCCUUUAAUAAUGCUUGUCCUCCUCAUUUCGAAGACAGUGGGAGACAGUUUCAACCGCGGUAUCUACGAUCAAAUUGUGAAGAUGAAAGGGCUGCCAUACUUGGAAGCCCAUGCGGAGCCAUACAUGAAGCACCUGGCUGCAGGGGACGUUUGCUCCGGCCCGUUGAUCACCUUCUCUGGCAUUGAGAAGGUUGGGAAUAUAAUGCAUGCUCUGGAGAUGACCGGGCACAACGGGUUUCCAGUGGUCGAUGAGCCUCCAUUCACAGAUGCACCGGAGCUCUGUGGCUUCGUGCUGAGGUCUCAUCUACUGGUGCUGCUCAACCGGAAGAAGUUCGCCAAGAACAGGGCGGUGUGUGGUGGUCAGGCUCUGAGGAUGUUCGAUUCCUUCGACUUCGCUAAGCCUGGGCUGGGGAAGGGGCUUAAAGUCGGCGACUUGGACUUAACCGCGGAUGAAAUGGAGAUGUAUGUUGAUCUCCAUCCUAUCACCAACUCAUCACCUUACAUGGUUGUAGAGACCAUGUCUCUUGCCAAAGCUGCCAUCCUCUUUCGACAACUUGCCCUCCGACACUUGUGUGUUAUCCCCAAAACGCCCGGGCGAAAUCCGGUGGUCGGAAUCUUGACAAGGCACGAUUUUAUGCCGGAGCAUGUAUUGGGGCUCUACCCUGAGCUUAUCCACCACAAGUAG